CCACUCCCCCUUCCCUCUAGUCACAGUCAGACACGAACAGACUGGUUGAGUGGCAACACACUACGAGAGGGAACAAAUCUGUGGAAUUGGAAUGAGCUGUUUAAGGGAGCCCUAGCUUGCCUCCCUCUGAGCCUAGGAAGUGUGAAACGUGAGACAAGCUGCACCUAUUCUCUGUGAGUAGUUCUGAAAGCACAAGGGGGAAAUACCAUAUCUAGAACAUUGACUCCCUUCAAACACCUGGAGCUGUAACUGUCCUGAGGAGAAAUCUCCCCUCACACGUACUUGCCAACGGACCGUGGAGGUGUGAGAAGAGCCGUGGCGAUAAGCAGCUGACGUGAAACAGACAAAGAACAAGGAAGAAGAGAGUAAAAAGAGAGAGAGGGGUAGGAGAAGAAAAUGGAGGCCUUGCUUCCUGUGUUGCAGCGGCACCCUGGACUGUCUGUGUUGGUGUGCGCUCUGAUGUUCCGGGUGGCCCACCGACUACUACAGAACCUGCCUGUUCCCAAAGUGGUGGCGGUGGAUGACUUCCGCUCCUGGAAGUGGAGGAACCUCUCGGUCUCUAUGGUCCACUCCCUCCUGACAGGGACUUGGGCUGUGACCUGUGUAUUUAUCUGGCCUGAGAUGGCAACCAACAUUCACUCCUUCUACACGGCCCCAGCCUACAUACUCAUCUGCAUCUCAUCAGGAUACUUUGUUCAGGAUGCAGGUGACAUCAUCCUAACUGGACACGCAAGAGGAUCCUGGGAGUUCUUAAUUCAUCAUGUCCUGGUGCUCUGGUGCUUCCUUUAUUCUCUGUACUCGCACCUCUACGUGGCCGGUGCUGUGGUGGCUCUCUUUGUGGAGGUUAACAGUGUCACCCUGCAUUUGAGGCUAAUGCUGAAGCUAGCAUCACAGCAGGCGUCCCCUCUGUACCAAAUCAACAAGUUCCUCAACGUCUUCACAUAUGUCGUCUUCCGCCUCAGCGCACAGUUCUACCUCACGUAUUACAUUGUCCAGAACUACUCCUGGAUGGACAAAGGAGGCUACUUCCUCAUUACCAUGACCCUCAUGAACACCAUGAUCCUGAUCUACUUUUAUCGUCUUCUCCGUGCCGACUUCUUCCCCCGGAGCAGGCCUAGCAUGGCGCUAAAUGGCACCCAUAACAACAUCAAAAAGUUCCUCACUGAAUGACACUGAGAGCGACAUGGCUGUAAACUGGUGGUUGUGUUUGCCUUUUGUUUUGUUCGCUUACUGAUAUCAUUCCUCAUCAAGACGUCUCAUCUGGUUGCAUUGUCAAGCUGUCUUCACAACAACCAUAACAGAGCUCUGUCUCUCAACAGCUCGUGUUGUAGUGAGAGGCAGCCAGGAAAGGAUGGGGACAGUGGUACAUUCCCUAUAGUGAUGCUUCUCUACUGAUGAUUAUGCCCACUGUGGCUAAAGAUCUCUCACAGACACCCAAACAGGGCAGCAUAGAGUUAGACUGGUCCAUUCACACUGUCUGGGAGAAUCCUACUAACUUACCUCCAGGAUACUGUGCCACUUUUGCUUCUGAUCAUGGCUAAUACAUUCUUAUAUUUUAAAUAAAUGUAUGUGAUUCAUGUGGAAUGCUCUUUAAAAGAAAAAAAUACUUAUAUAUUUAACAUAAUUUUGUGAAUAAAUACAGUAGAGAAACAAACUGCCAAA